AUGGGUUGCACUUCCUCCAAACGAGUCGACGCCGCCGUAGUCGACGUCUACCGCCCGGCGCCGACGAGUUUCGCCGUCUUUGAUAUCAACUCAAUCCACGAGCCAUGGAUCGUUGUGGACUCAAAUACCAAUCAAGAAAAGCCCACUCACGUCCCGGCCCAAAUACUCGACAAGCUCAGCUCAUUAGAAGCCGCCGAACAGCCAGCGCCGCCGCAAUCAUGGGAUGAAGUUAGUAAAGCCUUACAAGAUUUAAAGCCCACUCUUCAGCCCAAAUCAGAAGAAAAGCCCAGCCCAAUUAAAAAAACCCCAAGUCCAAUUGCCAAAAAGCCCAAUAACCUCCCCAACAGUAAAUCCUUCCACACACUCGAAGAACUCGACGCCAAGCUCUCCCCCAAACCAAAACCCGAAUCAAAAUCAAAAACCGAACUCCGGCCGAUUCCCAGCAUCGUCGUUGGUUCCGGCGAUAUAGUAAAGCCGGUGACGGAGAAUCCGUUUAUACUGAGAGACAGAUUGGAGAAAGAGAAAGAAGGGAAACAAGCCCAGAUCGAGAAAAUCUUAGCCAUCAAACGAGACCCACUGAACGAGUUCCCGGAAAAGUGUCCGCCGGGAGGUUCAGAAUCGGUGGUGAUAUAUACGACGUCGUUGCAAGGAGUGAGAAGGACUUACGAGGAUUGUAAUAGGGUAAGGGCAAUAUUGGAAUUACACAGGGUUGCUUACGACGAGCGUGACGUGGCAUUACACGGUGGAUUCUUGGGUGAGCUUAAGGAGUUGUUAUUAGGUGAUGAUGACGUUGGAGUGCCUAGGGUUUUCGUUAAGGGAAGGUAUGUGGGUGGGGCCCACGAGAUUGAGGAGCUUAAUGAUUCGGGUCGGUUGGGUCGGAUUAUUAGUCGGGUCGGGUUGGAGAGAGGUGUUGGGAGACUCGGGUGCUCCGGAUGUGGUGGGGCCCGGUUCGUGCCGUGUUGGGAGUGUGGAGGGAGUUGUAAGGUGGUGGCGGGUGUAGGUGGGGAUAAGGUGAGGUGCUCUAAGUGUAAUGAGAAUGGUUUGGUUCAUUGUCCAACUUGUCUUUGAGUUUUUUUUUUGGGUAUAUAUCAAAUUGGAAGUUGUAAAAAUGGUAUGUGACACGUGUCAUAAAUGUUGGGAAAGAGAAGAUUUUGGAUUUUGAUGUUUGUAUUUGUGGUGGGUUUUUUUUCUAUUUAAAAAAAAAAAAGAAAUAGAAAGUAGAAACCACAUGUAGUGUGGAGUUUGAUUGUAAAAAAAUAUGGUUUGCAUAAUAAACAAAAAAAACUUUUGUUUUCCA